AUGUGUCAUAGUACAGCGACCAUCUUUAUAUUUGGAAUAGCACAAAUAAUCGGAGGUGUUUAUCUUGAAUUGUAUAGUUUAUGUAUUGGUACACAUGAAGGACUUAAUGAUAUAUUAUAUCUAAUAUCUGUUGCUAAAAGUGUUCUUGUAACAAUUGCAACAACGAUCGGUAAUAUAGAAAUAUUAUUUCGAUUAUCUGGUACAAAAUUCUUAGAAGCCGCAGGUAAAAGAGGUUUGGAUGAUGUCAAAAAUAAUGUUAUAAAGAAAGUAUGGUGUCGAAUUGAAAUGAAAUUAACUGAAGGUCUUGAAUUAACACAAAAAUGGUUAAAAGAAAUCAAUCGAACAAGCAAUGUCAAUAGUUCAAACUUUUUUAGUUUUAAUAGCUAA